AUGAAGUUCUGGAACCAUUCUGAGCGUCAAACAGAUGAGAUCGACUGGACCACGGCAGUGGCAGAGGAGAAGAUUGAUGGCAAUUUGAUGAAGCUCUUCUUCUACAAGGAUACCUGGCGCUUGGCCAGCAACCGCACGCUGAGAGUUUGUGCUUUGACCGGGAAAUACGCUUGCACUGGGCGAUCCAAUUACGAUCUCUUCGCAGAAGCAGCGAAGAACAGUGGCCUCAACUAUGAUCGACUGGACCCCAAGUGUUGUUACAUGUUCGAGCGUGUGCAUCCGGAGUUUCGAGUGGUCUUGGAUUAUCCGAAGGCCCAGCUCUACCACUUGGGCACCCGCGACAUGCAGACUCUGCAGGAAUUGGACGUGGACAUCGGCGUCCCGAAGCCGCGCCGCUGGACCGUGCGAAGUCGUCAAGAGUGCCAGAGCUUAUUGGAGUCCUUUCAUAGCUUCGCGGAGGGGCUCGUGGUGAGGGAUGCCAGCUACUGCCGUCAGAAGUGGAAGCGCCGCGAGUACCUGCUCUUGCAUUCCGCGCGGAUGCUGGUCGGUGGAGAUGAACCAUGCUACGCCUGGGUGGCCCGCUGUAGCACCGCGGGUGCCUUGGAGCUGGACCGACUUUGCCUCAACGUCUGGUUGCGCCGCGAGGCCUCGGAGUUCGCCGCCUACUUCCCCGAGGCCAUGAAAAGAUACCAAGAGAUCUUGAAGAUCUUGGAGGAACCAGGACGGAUUGAGCUAGGAGUGAAACGGAGGUGCAGUGCGUGGAAAGAGGUUUCACGCAAUAGAUGA